GGUUUUAAAAGCCUUUUGAAAAGUCAGAUCGCAAUUAGACGUUUCUGGCUAACACAAGCCUCAACAACAGUAUCGGAAAAAUUGUUUAACUAAUUAAGUUUAAAAAAUAAUAUAGUUAUAUAAAGUGAAGAAAAUAUAGUUCAGCAAUGCCUAAAUAUUAUUGCGAUUAUUGUGAUACCUACCUAACUCACGAUUCGCCUAGUGUGCGAAAAACUCAUUGCACUGGCCGGAAGCACAAGGAUAACGUAAAAUUUUACUACCAGAAAUGGAUGGAGGAACAGGCGCAACAUUUGAUUGAUGCCACAACGGCGGCCUUCAAAGCAGGCAAGAUUGCACAGAAUCCAUUCACUGCGGGACCUCCGAAGCCAAAUGUUGCUAUUCCGCCGCCCCAACUAGGAAUGCCUGCCCGACCCGGGCUCAUCCCUGGUAUGCCAGCGGGUGCCCCACCGCUUAUAAUGGGACCAAAUGGCACUCCGCUUGGUCCUGCGAUGGGACCAAUGGGAAUGCGGCCACCUAUGAUGAUGCCAAUGGGUAUGCCCCCGAUGGGAAUGGGAAUGCGUCCCCCAAUGAUGAAUGCUCCUCCACCGCAGUUAGGCCAGAAAUCGUGAACUGCGAAUUAAUUUAUAGUUUACUAUGUAAGUUGUAGUAUUCUUAUGAACACGGCAUUAAAUGAUUUUGUUAAGAAGCA